AUGGCAAAAUGGGCAGUCGAACUUAGCGAGUACGACAUCGAAUACCGUUCUCGCCCAAGCCUGAAGUCACAAGUUCUGGCUGACUUCAUCACCGAAUUGUCUCCCGAGCUUGACGAUCCCACUUCCACGGUGGAGCAAUGGACAAUGUUCGUCGAUGGAUCGUCAACAAAUCAAGGAUCCGGGGUCGGGAUCAUACUUCGAUCUCCCACCGGAGAAAUUCUCGAGCAAGCGUUAAAGCUCAAUUUCAAAGCGUCGAACAACGAAACUGAGUACGAGGCCGUUCUCGCAGGACUCCGGCUAGCCCAGGGACUUGGAGUUAAACACCUGCAGGUCUUCUGUGACUCCCAACUCGUAGUCAGCCAGUACAGCGGAGAAUUCGACGCUAAAAACAAGCGAAUGGGAGCAUAUCGACAGUUGGUCCGUGCAUUAUCCGGCGAGUUUACGUCGUUCUCCCUGACGAAGGUCCCACGGAACGAGAACGCAUCAGCCGACGCACUCGCAGCUCUGGCAAACCGCUCCGACCCCGAGUUACGGCGUACCAUUCCCAUCGAAUGCAUCGAGGCUCCCAGCGUUGACCCGGAUAGCCAGAUCGCCCUCAUCAAUGACGACCCAAUCCCGAUGGAAGUCGACGAGCCAAUAGAAGAUAUGGCAGACGUCGUCGAACCCCCCAAAGAUUGGCAAACUGAGAUCAAGCUUUACAUCUCCGAUGGCACCGUCCCGGCAGAUCGAUGGGCAGCUCGACGACUAAAGGCUCGGAGUGCCAGGUACAUCCAGUUGGACGGGGAGCUAUUUCGCCGGAGUGCUUCGGGAGUGUUCCUUACCUGUGUUACUCGGGACGAGGCCGAACGCAUCAUGAUGGAAGUGCAUGAAGGCGAAGGUGGCAACCAUUCCGGCGGACGCGCACUUGCUCUCAAAAUCAAAAAGGACGGACACUAUUGGCCCACCAUGAUGGCCGAUUGCGAGACUUUUGCGGCCAAAUGCGAAGCUUGUCAGCGCCAUGGACCCAUGCGGCACGUCCCGCCCGAACUAUUAAACACCGUCACUGCUCCGUAUCCCUUUAUGCGCUGGGCCAUGGAUGCCAUAGGACCUUUGCCGGCAUCCAAAUCCAAGAAAUAUGUUCUGGUUCUGACCGAUUACUUCACCAAGUGGGUGGAAGCAGAAUCUUUCACAAGGAUCCAAUCCUUAGACGUGACCAAUUUCAUAUGGAAAAACAUCAUAUGUCGCCACGGACUCCCAUAUGAGAUCGUCACCGACAACGGUACCCAAUUCACUUCGAUGAUCACCAGACGCUUCUUGACAAAAUGGCAAAUCCGUCUCAGCACUUCGCUCCUCGAUACCCGCAAGGCAACGGUCAAGCUGAAGCCACGAAUAAGUCGAUCGUUGAUGGGCUCAAGAAACGACUCGGUUGAAGGAAAGGAGCAUGGGCAGAUCACCUGGAUGGUGUGCUGUGGUCAUACCGCACAACCCCGCGGCGGAGCACGGGACAAUCCCCUUUCUCCCUCGCAUAUGGUCUUGAAGCACUCGCCCCAGCUGAAGCAGGGGUCCCGACACUUCGUCGCACUAUGA